GACACUAGUGGGGCGGGUUCAACUCGGAAAAUUAUAAGGUCAUUUGAAUUAAGCCUGGCAGUGGGCUUAUCGGCUUCAAUGAACGUACGGAUGAUAUCAAUUAUUUUGACAAUGGACGGCUGGUGAUCGCGGGAUCAAAGUGGAAACCCAUCUCCGGGCCGUGUUUGUGGAGGAGCAGCAGCAGCAGGACGGAGUCCGCCUCACAGCAGGAGCAGAUCUGUGUCCGUCUGUGUCGCUUCUGUGAGCCAUAGUCGACCCAGCUAACGCAGUGGAAGACCAGACUAACGCAUAAGCCGAUCAAGGUGGACUUGGACUCGGGAUUCCUGCACCUGCAUGCUGUAGUGAAGGAGGAUGAUGCGUCUGGCAUGUUGCACGGCCCUGCUGUUUGUGCUGAGGCUGCUGGUGGGCCUGCCCUGGUACCAAGUUCUUCCGGCCAUCCUGAUCUUCUACCUCGGGGCCGGAGGAUGGAGCUUUCUGCAUAUAUUUGCCAAAACAAUUGGCAGAGACUUACAUGCAGCAUAUGUGUUGCUGCGGGUGAAGUUGAAUGUCAGACGGCACCUCAAAGAGAAGAACACUCUCCCUAAGAUCUUUGCGGAGACGGUGAAGCGUUACGGGGACAAGACUGCGCUCAUCUUUGAGGGGACUGGAGAGAGGUGGACUUUUCGGCAGCUGGAUGAAUACUCCAACAGAGUGGCUAACCUGUUGCUGGAACGUGGUUUCAGGGAGGGUGACAUCGUUGCCCUUUUCAUGGAGAACCGGUCACAGUAUGUGGGCCUCUGGUUAGGAAUGGCAAAAAUUGGAGUGGAAGCUGCUCUCAUCAACUUCAAUUUGAGACUAGAAGCCUUGGUCCACUGUGUCACCAUCUCUAAUGCCAAGGCUGUGGUGUUCGGGUCGGAGCUAACUGAUGCGGUGUCUGAGGUCCACAGUUCAAUGGGGAAGGCGGUGCAGAUGUUUUGCUCUGGAGACUGGGACCCCACAAGAGUCCCACAGGGAACUGAGUGCCUGGAACCCCUGCUAGAUGGUGCCCCAUCUCACCUGCCUCGCCGGCCACAACGCAGUUUCACAGAUUGCCUGUUCUACAUCUACACAUCAGGAACCACUGGGAUGCCUAAAGCUGCUAUUGUUGUGCACAGCAGGUUUUACCGUAUGGCAGCUUUGGUGUAUUACGGCUUCAGAAUGACACCAGAGGAUGUAGUUUAUGACUGCCUCCCCCUCUAUCACUCUGCAGGAAAUAUCGUUGGAAUGGGCCAGUGCUUAAUUCAUGGCAUGACUGUCGUCAUCAGAAAGAAGUUCUCUGCCUCACGUUUCUGGGACGACUGUGUCAAAUACAACUGCACUAUUGUGCAGUACAUCGGGGAGAUCUGUCGGUAUCUACUGAACCAGCCGGUUCGGGACACGGAGCGACAACAUCGGGUCCGCAUGGCGCUGGGCAACGGCCUCCGCCAGUCCAUAUGGGAGGAGUUCAUGAACCGCUUCAAUAUCCCGCAGAUCGCAGAGUUCUAUGGAGCCACAGAGUGCAACUGCAGCUUGGGUAACUUUGGCAACAAGGUAGGAGCGUGUGGCUUCAACAGUCAGAUCCUCCCCUACGUGUACCCCAUCAGACUGGUGAGGGUUGAUGAGGAGACCAUGGAGCUCAUCCGGGGACCCGAUGGCGUCUGCAUUCCUUGUAAACCUGGCGAGCCUGGCCAGCUUGUUGGCCGGAUUAUCCAAAACGACCCUCUACGCAGGUUUGACGGCUACGUCAACCAGUCAGCAACCAGCAAGAAAGUAGCCAACAGUGUUUUCAAGAAGGGAGACAGCGCGUAUCUGUCUGGUGACGUGUUGAUCAUGGAUAAGUACGGACACAUGUACUUCAAAGAUCGAACGGGAGACACUUUCCGCUGGAAAGGAGAGAACGUCUCAACGACCGAGGUGGAAGGAACGCUCAGCAGGCUGCUGGAGAUGAAGGACGUAGUUGUGUAUGGAGUAGAGAUACCAGGGGCGGAAGGAAAGGCUGGAAUGGCAGCUAUCGCCGAUCCGUCUCACUCCAGCGACCUGGAGAAGUUUUCAAAUGACGUAGAGAAAGUUCUCCCUCCGUACGCCAGACCCGUCUUUCUCCGUAUCCUGCCAGAGGUCAAUAAAACAGCAACAUUCAAGUUUCAGAAGACUGAGUUGCGGCGGGAAGGCUUUGACCCCACUGCGGUGUCAGACAGACUGUACUUCCUGGAUUCCAGCCAAGGGCGCUACGUGCGACUGGAGGAAGAGGUUUACCGCGCCAUACUGUCAGGGAAACACAAAUUGUGAUGUCCAGGCCAAUCACUACAUCUACACCUGUACACGUUGACAUGCACACAGGCCCAGGUUAGCAGAAAGAGCUUGCCCCCUCCUCCCCCGUAUACAUGAAUACUAAAGUAACAACCAUACACCUUCAAAAACCAAUACACACUUGCAGACAGUACUUUGCUCCCAAACUCUUUGUUUUUCAACAUCUGUUUAAAAAAAAAACCAAACAAAACAAAAAAAAGACAAAUGCACGGCACACUCAUAAGCACAUGCUCCACCACUCUCUACAACCCUCCUGACAUCUCCGCAGCGUUGCCUCUCGCUACCUCAGAAAACACGGAGAAAGAGGCACCAGGUCUAUUUGGUAACUUGAACAUCUCUUCAUCGGCACACGGCCCUGAAAACACUCCUUCCCUUCAACGCCGGCCCAUCAGUACAAAUGUCAAAGACUACAGGCUGCCUAACAUCCAGAAUGCAAAAACUUGAAAUUUCAAAUAAACUCAAAACGUAAAAGGAUACUGAAGAGGAAUGAGGAUUCAGUCCUGCACACUUCAGCAGGGAGAACAACAGAGGAACCUAUGUGGACCCUAAAUUAUCUCUCUGUUCAUUGUUUUUGUUAGUUAGAUUAUUAUGUGAAAGAAGGCAAUGAAUCUUUUGGCUUCACCUGCACAGCUGAGCAGAAGUGACACCCCUGCAAGAGCUUUCCUGUCCAAGCCUGGUCUUGUCCUCUGGGUUCCUUGUCCUCAUUUCCAACCACAUUGCUCCUAAAAGCAUCCCAAGCAUUUUUUUUCUUGUUUUUUGUUUAAAGGGAACAACAUAAUGGAAGAGUUGUAAGCAUGUAACACACGGAUGUUAAAUUAGACCAGUGGUUGAAGCUUUAAUGUGCAAUAGAGCUCCAGCGCAGCCAUGAAAUACAAGAGCUAUGUUUUUAAAGUGUUUUUCUUUUUUAUUUAAAUUUGUCAGCAUCAUACCAAAUAUUGUUUUGAUAUUUAAGUUGUAGUGUUUAUAUAUAUAUAUAUAUAAUUUUAUUUUAUUUUUUUAGAAAAUAUGGACAUUUUCAAUAAUUGUUUGGUAAUUAUUUGUGCAGGGUUCUUGUUUUGAAUUUUAUUUUAUUUUAUGUGAAUCCAAAUCUGUAUUUCUGCAUUUAAAUCAGUUGCUGGAACACAAAGAAGUGCAACCGGAUCGAUUCAACCCUGGACUAAAUCAUAGGCUUCAUUCCCUAAAUAGGAUUUGUUCACAUGCUGAGCUGGCUGCUGUUGUUGUUGUUGCUGUUGUUGUUGUGCUCAUAUUGUGCAGGUUUUGUGUGAAAAGCAAAGGAAGAGCGCAUGUGCAUAUUGUUGUGACGCAUAUGAUUGAAGAGAGACAAACUGCAUAAUCUGCGUGGACUUGAUCGGCUGCUCGAGAUGGUUAUUUUGCCAGAAUUGGGAGAGCGGGGCGAUCCAAAGAUUCAAAGCAACUGGAGGGACUGUAAACAAAACAAAAAAGAAGGAAAAACAAAACAUGCUUUGCACUCAUUGUAAAUUGUCUGCAGUAUCUGUCAUCAGAGGUUGUAGCGGCAUGAAUGAGCAUCAUCGCCACAAGCAGAGCACUGUGCCUUACUGAGAGUUCACCUCCCAGAUUCAUAGGCCCCGGUUCUCACGUUUCCUCUUGUAGAUUUCCGAGUGUUAAACUCCUUUUCAAUCAAUGCUCACCUUAUCUCGUUUGUCAGUGUUGAAAUUUUCCAUCAAAGCAGUCUCACUAAGUCGGUCCACACUGUUGGAGCUCAGAUUUGACUCAAAAUCACUGGAAACAUUUAUGACAGGCCUUCGGUCGGUGUCCUUAUCUAAGGUGCAGACGGAUUCUGUCUGAGGAAGCAAACGCAAUGUCCAAAUGAGUUUCAGUCUGAACUUUUCCACUGUACUCUGUAUUUUUAUUUGCUGUGUGUUUGUUGCUUAGGUUGUCUUGGAUACGGUUUAUCCAAAUGUGUCCCUUUUUGUUGGCACUUUUAACUUUAACUCUUAUUCUUAUUUCUGCCAACCUCUUAACUCCAUGUUUAUGUCAUCUGACUGUGUUUCUCCAACAGAGGCCCAUUUGUUUUAGCAUGUCUCUGUCUUGUCUGUUUCAAGACAUUGUUAUCACACUGAUUUAGAUGACGGUAAAAAAUAGUCACUGAAUGCUUUCCAAAUAUUAUUGGAGUUUUAAAUGUUUAAUAUUGCUGACUUUUAUCUCAAAUGCAGAGAUAGUUCAGGGGGCCUGCCAACAUAAAAGACCAACUACACACUAAAAAAAAUUGUUUUUCCCCAUUGGAUUGCAACUGCUCCUAUAGUAGUGUAAGGCAGGCUGUUAUCAACACUCGGUGCAACUUGUCAUGCUAUGUUUCAUCCUUCAACCCAAUUCUUAAUAUGUCUAAAAAUAUUUUCUUAGUUUAUAUGUUGCACUCACAGUUGAUCUUGAUGGCUACAGUGAGAGUGAUUUUCACCCAUUGUUUCCCUGUUUUAGGGAAAAGGUGUUUGGCAGGGGUUUAAUUUGUUCCUGCUUCCUCUGUCUCCCUCUCAUUUGUAUUUAUUCUUUAAUGAUGAGUGUGAAAUGUUCUCAUGAAUGUUUGUGGGGUGGGGGGAAGGAAGAAAUGACUGAAGAUGUUGUGAAGAGUGAUUUUUGUGUGUAUAAGGGAUCACAGUCAGGCUGUUCAUGAUGCUUCUGACUGAGGGUUGCAAGUGUCAACUCUUACCACCAGGGGGCGGGUGAUUAAACAGCCCCAC